AUGGAAAGAGAAACAAGUUUUGAAGAGGAGGAAAAGAAUGGGAAUAAUAUUGUUGUUUAUAAGCAGCAGCAGCAGCAGCAGCAGCUUCCAAUUGGGUUCAGAUUUGAGCCCACAGAUGAGGAGCUUUUGGUUCAUUACUUGAAAAGGAAGGUUUUUUCACAGCCAUUGCCAGCCUCUGUUAUUCCUGACCUCCAUCAUCUUUUUCACCUCAAUCCAUGGGACUUGCCUGGUUGCUUGAGGGAUAAGAGAUACUUCUUCUGCAAAAAGAAGAUGAAUUUCUUCUUCAUGAGCAAAUGCAGUAGCAAUUUGAUAAGCAGCACCGGCUGUGGCCACUGGAAAUCUGAUCAAUACAAUUGGGUUUUGCAAGAAUUUUGCCUCGUCGGCAGGUCAUCGCCAUACCAGCAGCAGCAGCAGCAGCAGCUGAUGAAUCAUCAGAAAAAAUUAAUGGUGCGGCAAAUAGGAGACUGGGUUGCUUGCCGUGUGUACCAAAGGAAAACCAAAUCUAGAAAGAGCAUCAACAACAAAACUCAUGAGGAGGAUGAUGAUUUGGGACCUCAAAUUGUUGGGUCGUCGUCACCUUCGUGUUCGAGUGGGGUCACUGAUUGA